GCGCGCGUCGGGGGCUUUUCCCAAGAACGGCACCGACUCGGUAUGCACCAGUUCACAUUGUGUCUCCUGACUAACUUUCAGUCUGGGGAACAUUCAGCUUGGAUGACCGACCUGGAAAGAAGUAACCGAUGGCGAGAUGUAUAAAAGCACAACGGGAGAAGAGGUCUCCUCAGGUCAAAGGCUCAGCUCUUCUGUACCUUCUACAGCAACAUGUCUCAGCCUACUGCUUACCUCGUCACUGGCGCCAACCGCGGCAUCGGCCUUGCUAUGGUCACAGCCCUAGCCGCCCGUCCUAACGUUGUCGUCUUUGCCGGAGCUCGCGACCCGGCUCGCGCUACUGACCUCAACGCGCUCGCCAAAGCGCAUCCUAACCGCGUUCAUGUUCUCAAGAUCAUCUCCGCCGACAGGGAGAGCAACAAAGCCGCCAUCGAGGAGGUGAAGCGGGUGGCUGGACGGCUCGAUAUUGUGAUUGCGAAUGCGGGAAUCAACAAUUCGUACGAUCCUGCGCUUGAGGUAUCUGUGAAGGAGAUGGUCGAGCACUUCGAGAUCAACACCAAUGGUCCCCUCGUCCUCUUCCAGGAGGCCUACCCGCUCUUGAAGGAGAGCAAGACGCGCAAGUUCGUGACUGUCACCUCCGGCAUUGGGAGCAUUACGAUCGCAGCCCAGCUCCCUGUCAACGUAUACCCCUACGGCGCGUCGAAGGCGGCCCUGAACUGGGUAACGCGCAAGUUGCACCACGACUUCCCUGACUUCGUCAUCUUCCCCAUCAGCCCCGGCACCGUCGAGACCGACAUGGCGAAGCUCAGCCGCGAGAAGGACCCGGCGAUGGUCGCGCUGCAGAAGGCCUUCCCGGCGAUCACCCCAGAAGAGAGCGCGCGCGGAAUCCUUGAGAACGUCGAUAACUCGACGAGGGAGACGCACGGCGGGCAAUUCGUUGACUAUAGUGGGUUGGGGAAGUGGGGGUGGUAGAGGAUACGCUAGAGCGAGGGUGUUAGAUAAUGAUUUGGCAUGAUGGUCCUGGAGGAUAAGCCCGCGCGAUGAUACUAGAGAAUAAGCUCGCGCAAUGGUUGUAUAGGAAGGGUAUUAUGAUGUUGUACAUUGUAAGCGACGCGAUUGAAGGAUUUUACUUGUGAACCUA